UACAACUGUGUGACGUGGCCGGCAAUGCGUUGGCUACACACAUGUUGACUAACUAUCUCUAUGCUUCUGACGUAAGUUUUAUAAAACAAGUAUUGGAGAAAGAAAAAGCAACGUGCUUUGAUGACUUCCUUUCAAGGGGUCAUUUUUGGUACUAUGCUAUAGAAAAUCAGGAAUAAUAUAUUUGAACAUUUUCUUUCAGAUUAUUUUGUUUGUUUACGACCUAACCAAUCUUCAGAGUUUCGAAAGGCUAAUAAUUUGGGUUCGGAAAGUGAAAGACAUGUUUGAGAAAGAAUUGUCGAAACCAUUGAUGGCAAUGUUUGGUAAUAAGUCGGAUCUGGAACACCAGAGGGCUGUGAGACUCUCGUGUGUUCAGAAAUUUGCUUCGGAACACUUACUGGAGUCGUAUAAGGGGUCCGCGAGGACGGGGGAGAUGGUUAACAACGCAUUCACUAAGCUAGUAGCUCGGGUACUGGGCAUGGAGCUACGUCGCCUGCCGCCGGUCCCUGUAGCCCGCAAGUCUCCAGAGACCAAGCAUUCAGAAGCCAAUGGCCACGCUCCUUCGGAACCCGUGCAAUCCCUCAUCAUGAACAGGAAGACUUUGAGAAAAGUCCAACGAAAAGAAUCCUCAAAAAUUUGCAGCGUACAAUAAAUAUACUACCUUGUUGUUAUGUUAAAACUUGUUUUUAUUAUUUAAAGACCUACAUUAAUAUCCUGAGUCACUUUAAGAAAAACUAGUAUAAUAAUUACCUCCAUUUGAGGAAGGGUUUUUUGUGAAGCAUUUUUUUCGUCUUUUGUUUUAUUAGGCUACAAAUUU